GGGCGCUCAUCCAAUCCUUGUAGGGGCGGGGUUAUUAGUGCACUCGUCAUGCGAGGAGUACUAGCUCGUCAUCGAGUUUCAGUUGUAUUGCCAAUGAUCUCUGCCAUUGCGUAGAGGCGCAAGAAGGUUCUAGAUAGAUCCCCGUACUGUUUUGGACCUGCUGCAUUGCCCUAACCAAUUUCUCUUCAGCCGUGUCGGGUUUUAUUCUUGGAUCAGGACCCAAACACACAACUCCAGCUCGACUAUCAACCCUUCACUGCGUCGUUGGACGACUAGCGUUGUGUUUAUGUCUUUAUUUUACGGAAACGAGCUGUUGCGCAGCUGUUGGAACGCAAGCGGUGUAAACCUAGACCACGAGCAAGGAACUUGCAGCCUCUGUGGCAAAAUCUUUUUCAUGUCAGAGACCGAGCACGCUUGCAAUCGUUUAUGUCAUCCCGUCUUCUCCAGACAGAAGAUACCCAAAAAUCCCCAUCCAAGAUCUUUUUAUCUUGCUGAUAGUGCCACAGGUCACUCAAAAUGUCUGUUAACGUCAAUCGCAAUGUGUCGGACCAGUUCUACCGCUACAAGAUGCCCCGUCUGAUUGCCAAGGUGGAGGGCAAAGGAAAUGGAAUCAAGACAGUCAUUGUCAACAUGGUUGAUGUUGCAAAGGCAUUGAAUCGACCUCCAACAUAUCCAACCAAGUUUUUUGGCUGUGAGCUUGGGGCGCAGACCCAGUUUGACACAAAGAAUGACCGCUACAUAGUGAACGGCUCCCAUGAGGCCAACAAACUACAGGACAUGCUGGAUGGAUUCAUACGCAAGUUUGUGCUGUGCCCUGAGUGUGAUAAUCCUGAGACUGACUUACAUGUUAAUCCAAAGAAACAAACUAUUGGAAAUUCUUGUAAGGCUUGUGGGUACCGGGGUAUGCUAGACACUCGCCACAAACUGUGCACAUUCAUCCUUAAAAAUCCACCAGAGAGUGAUAGUGGGUCUGUGAAGAAAGAGAAGGAGAAGAAGAACCGAAAGAAGGACAAGGAAAAUGGAUCAGGCAGUGGUGAUGCUGGGAACGAUAAAGACAUUGAUGCGCCGGACGCUGUGGAUGGUAAUGAAGAUGAUGAGGACUGGGCAGAGGAGACCACUGAGGAGGCCCAGCGUCGGCGGAUGGAGGAGAUUAGUGACCAUGCUAAGAACCUGACCCUCUCAGAUGACCUGGAGAAGACCCUGGAGGAUAGAGUCAAUAUGUUUUAUAAUUUUGUCAAACAAAAGAAAGAAAAUGGCGCAAUAGACUCUGCAGACAAGGAAAUUCUGGCUGAGGCAGAGCGUCUGGAUGUGAGGGCCAUGGGGCCACUUAUCCUGAGUGAAUUGCUCUUUAAUGAAAACAUCAGAGAUCAGAUCAAAAAAUACAAACGCCACUUUUUACGUUUUUGCCAUAAUGAUAAGAAGGCUCAGAAAUAUCUGCUGGGGGGCUUUGAGUGUGUGGUGAAGCUACACCAAGCUCAGCUGCUGCCCAGAGUUCCAAUCAUACUAAAAGACCUGUAUGAUGCUGAUUUGUUGGAGGAGGAUGUCAUUCUCACAUGGGCUGAAAAGGUGUCCAAGAAAUAUGUAUCUAAAGAGCUGGCAAAGGAGAUCCAUGCUAAGGCUGCUCCUUUUGUCAAAUGGCUGAAGGAGGCAGAAGAGGAGAGUGAGGGAAGUGAAGAGGAAGAAGAGGAAGAUGAUGAGAAUGUAGAGGUUGUAUACUCUUCUUCUGCCCGUGAGCUGAAAGUGGAGACCGUUCAGCCAGAGAAAACUGAGGAGGAGGAUGACCUUGACAUUGAUGCCAUUUAGAGAAAUGAUGCAUCUUGGGCAGCCAACGCAGAUUAUUCAGCUUUCUUUAAUGAUAAAAUGAUCAAAUUAAUAUCAGUAGCCUUCUUUUCAGCCCCUUUCUUAUUUGUAUGUAUACAUGCAUAGCUCUUUCACUAGUUAUUCUAUCUCUGUUGCUGAGUGAGGCAUGGUUUUAAAAUGGCGCUUUCAAUGUCUUGCUGCUAAACUAUUGUUUGUUCUUCCUCUGUACUGAAAAAAUUAUAUUGUGACUUUGAUUAAUGGCUUUAGCUAAGCUGCACAGUUGGUGGUGAUUUUUAAUUUCUUUAAUCAUUAAAUAAAGAAUGCUUUCAUGUUUUCUUGAAUUAA